UAAAACCAAAAUCCCAGUGAGCGGAAGACCUGGUAGGGUUUUUUGGGGGCCGUUGCCAGUUUCAAAUUUGAAAUUGAUCAUCUAUUAUUAACUGAAACGAUGGUAUUGCUUUCCAAAUUGAAAGUCGUUACUCUCAGAUUUUGUUAUUCUCCAUCUUCCUGCAUAGUUGCUUCCACAUUUAAACGAUUUGUCGUUGGAGAUGUAAAACCCUUACAUUUUCCUCUUCAAAAUCUGCUACUCUGCAGACACUUCACCUCAGAAAUCUCAGAAACCCACCACGAUUUCACAGUCAAUUACCUCAUAAACUCAUGUGGGCUGUCCCCGGAAGGUGCGAUUUCAGCGUCUAAGUGGGUCAAGUUGCGAUCCCCCAAAAGAGCAGACUCCGUUUUGUCCUUUCUCAGAAACCAUGGAUUAUCUGAGACCCAGAUCUCCAGGAUCGUCAGGAAUCACUCUCCAGUUCUUAACUCCAAUACGGAGAAAACCCUUUUGCCAAAGCUUGAGUUUUUCGCUUCUCUAGGAGUUUCAAGGGGGGACCUUGCAAAAACUCUGGCAUAUGGACCGAAGCUUUUGUCUACGAGCUUGGAGAAACGGAUUGCACCCACUUAUGAUUUCCUUAGGAGUCUGCUUUCUCAGAAAAAUGUCGUUUCCGUUUUAAAGCGCGGCUCCUGGAUUUUCGUUGAGGGCCACUCCAAGAAGGUAGUGCCAAAUAUUGAGGUUUUGAAAAAAUCAGGUAUGCCCCAAUCCUGCAUUUCCCUGUUGCUUACUUAUCAUCCCAGCACUUUAAAGCUAAAGCCUAAAGAUCUUGGUCAACUUGUGGAUGAGCUUAGUGAAAUGGGUUUUGAUCUGCAAAAAUCAACUUCGGUGUUAGCAAUGAACGCAUUGUGUGUUAGGAAGAGGUCUGUAUGGAAUCGAAGUUGCAAAAUUUAUAAGAGGUGGGGGUGGUCUGAGGAUGAUGUUCUCGCUGCCUUCAGGAGUCAGCCUAAUUGUAUGAUUGUCUCGGAGAAGAAAUUAAUACGAGCACUGGAAUUUUUAGUGAACGAGAUGGGGUGGUCUUCAAAAAUGAUUGCAAAAAGCCCGCUGGUCCUCUGUUUAAGUUUGGAGAAGAGAUUGGUUCCAAGGUGUUCAGUUGUUAAAGUUUUAUUGUUGAAAGGAUUGAUAAAGGGGAUUGAAAAUGUGAGUUUGUAUUCUUUGUUGGUGCCUGCGGAGAAGUAUUUCUUGGAGAGGUUUGUGGCCAGAAAUAUAAAUGAAGUACCUCAGUUAUUGAGUGUGUAUCAAGGAAGAGUUGAAGUCCAGGAUGUAUGAUGGUGGUAGGUCAAAAGAGUUGAAGUCCAGGAUAUCUGAUGGUGGUAGUAUCGUAGAUGCAGCGCUGUUCAUUUCCAUUGGUAGGAGCUAACUUUUGGCUCAGCAUUAGCUAGUGAGGGCCGGGAUGGAGGAUCAUAUCUAGUGCAGUAUCGGAUCCGAAGCUGAGCAAACUGUGCGAAAACUACUGCUUUGUUUUUCAGUUUAAUGUGAAGUCUAAGGAAGAGAAAUCCUAAGCAGAAAGCCGGGGAAGUAAGGUUAUGAAAGGUAGUUUGUUUGCUCGACCGAAAAAGAAAGAUUGAAACAGCCAAGAACAACGAAAACCUUUCAAGCAGCAAGUUCUA